GAUUGGCAGUUGGCACUACUGCUCGAAAAAACACGUGUACUAGCAGUGGUGAGAUAAAUUAGUGGCUGUGGAAGCUCCAGUGAAAGUUUUAUUUUAUUGUCGAAUAGUAUCGAGUAAUUUUAAUGAAUUUCCAAUAAAGAUGGAAGCGAAUGUCAUAUGUUGUACUACAUGGGUGAAAAAAGGCGUCGCCGCGGCCGUUCCGGAAAAAGUUGAAUUAAGGCCCGACGAGCUCGAGAAGAUCAUAAAGGAGACGCAAGACACUUUGACUUUGGAAGGUGAUGAUGACGAUUCUGACGAAGAGGCGGUUGUCUCCAAAGUGCAGCCCAAGACAGAAAGUAGAGGAGAACCUUCGACAGCUGGCACUGAUGAAUAUAACUUUGCAGACUAUGAUAAUGAAUCUGGCAAUAUGUAUUGCCAUAUUACCAAUUUAGCCACUAUUGAUGGAAGUGGCAAAGAUCCUCUUAUAACAAACGAUGAAGAAGAUUCGGACAAAGAAGAUGACAUUAUCAAACCUGAUGAUAAUUUAGUAUUGUUCGGCCAUGUUGAGGGAAACGCCAGCAUCUUGGAAGUAUUUGUGUAUAACGAAAGGGAAGGAUCCUUUUAUUGUCAUCACGAUAUACUGUUACCUUCGUUUCCAUUGUGCAUAGAGUGGCUUAACUAUGAUCCUACCAAUCCAAAAUCGAGUAAUCUAUGCGCCAUUGGUAGUAUGAGUCCCAUAAUUGAGGUAUGGGACUUGGACAUGAUAGACUGCUUAGAGCCAGCCUACAAAUUAGGCCAUAAGCCAAACAAACUGAAGAAGCAAAAGCGCAUCGGUCACAAAGAUGCAGUUCUAGACGUGUCGUGGAACCACAAUUACACGCACGUUAUCGCUAGCGGUUCCGUCGAUCGGACAGUCUUACUGUGGGACUUGGAUAACGGUAAACCUGUGAACAAGCUGGGCCCGUUCAACGAAAAAGUACAAUCGCUGAAAUGGCAUCCACAAGAAACGCAUGAGCUAUUAAUAGGAUGCGCAGACAGAGUAGUGAAAUUAUACGACUGCAUGAAUGAAGUACCUAUCACGAACUGGGAGGCGUUGGGAGAAGUGGAAAGGGUGUUAUGGAAUCAUUAUAACAAAAAUCACUGUAUUAUUAGCACGGAUAAUGGUUACAUAGAAUACUUCGAUAUAAGAAAACCUAAGCCACUGUGGCAAAUUAAGGCCCAUGAGAAAGAAGUCACAGGUCUUUCUCUUAGCACGACAUGCCCGGAUUUGUUGGUCUCUUGUUCGAACGACGGUGUAAUCAAAGUAUGGGAUAUAGAUCAAAAGUCACCUACUCUCGUAUGGGAGCAGACGAGUAAUCUGGGCGCUCUGCAGUGCCUCGCGGCGAAUCCGGAUAAUGGAUUUUUAUUUAUUGUCGGCGGAGAUAAUAAAGAGCACAAUUUCAAAGUGCUGGAUCUUAUGGAGAUACCUAUGGUGCGAGAGAGAUUUGUGAAGCACGUCGCACCGAAAAAAUCGGCGGAAUCUCGGCGAGAAGAGGCGAUGGACGUUGCCGAAGAUACGUAAAAUAUGGAAAUUGAAAAUUAUGAAUUAUCGAGCAUCAAGAAAGAAAAGGAAUGAAGGAUGUAUAUACCAGCAUCAAGAUUGAUUUAGAAAUGUUACGUUAAAACAUAUUAAAUGGAAGUUUCAUAGAAAAUGUAAGUAAAUCUUUUUUUUAUAUGCGUUUCUUCUUUGUACAGCCAGUUAACAAUCUGUGGCAUUGACAUAAAAAUAUAAGGAUAAAGGAUGUAUCUACAUAUUUGGUAGGCUAAUAUUAAACUCCUUACGUUCUUGUUUCUCAAAA